AUGAAUUAUUUGACACUCGAGUACAAUCAGCCGCUGUGUAUGGUUUUUGUGGAUUACGAGAAAGCCUUUGACUCCAUCGAAACCUGGGCAGUGCUCGACUCAUUGCAGAGAUGUCAUAUCGAUUGGAGAUAUAUCGAGGUACUGAGGUGUCUGUACAACGCCGCUACAAUGACUGUCCACAUCCAGGACUGUAAGACGAAGGCGAUCCAACUGCGCAGAGGGGUGAGACAGGGGGAUGUAAUAUCCCCGAAACUGUUCACCAACGCGUUGGAAGACGUCUUCAAGACGCUGGAUUGGACUGGAUGUGGAGUCAAUGUAAACGGCGAGUGCAUCUCACACCUUCGAUUUGCCGACGAUAUCGUCAUCAUAGCAGAGUCGCUGGAACAGCUAACCGAAAUGCUGCGUAGCCUAAGCGAUUCUUCCCGACGUGUCGGUCUCGGUAUGAACUUGGACAAGACCAAGGUCAUGUUCAAUAGGCAUGUCGUGCCGGGGCCGAUAUACGUCGAAGGGAAACCUCUCGAAGUUGUCAGUGAAUAUACCUACCUAGGACAGGUCAUUCAAGUCGGUAGGAACAACUUCGAGAAGGAAGCCGAUCGAAGAAUUCGCUUGGGAUGGGCAGCAUUUGGCAACCUUCGUCAAGUCCUCACGUCGUCUAUACCGCAAAGUUUGAAGACGAAACGGGCUAUGGAGCGAGCUAUGCUCGGAGUAUCUUUGAAGGAUAAGAUCAGAAAUGAGAUUAUCCGGAAAAGAACCGGAGUCACCGACAUAGCUUGCAAAAUUAGCAGGCUGAAGUGGCAGUGGGCUGGUCACGUAUGUCGUAGGACCGAUGGCCGUUGGAGCAGACGAGUCCUAGAGUGGAGACCGCGAAUCGGCAAACGCAGCGUAGGGCGCCCUCCAGCCAGGUGGACCGAUGACCUCAUGAAGGUGGCGGGGACCGACUGUCGCUGCGACUAUAUUGCUGCUACCGGCCGAUACAGAGUAUUGACGGAACAGAGACAUACAUUACUUAUAUCUACAAUGACUGAUAAAGGAGGUACGGAACAGGUCAUGGAAAACUCAAUAACAGAUAUACGAUUUGAGCAAGUAGAACAGCAGCCUAAAGAUAUGAGUCAUUUGGAGGCCAAAAUAGAUAUGAUGGAGCAGCAGGCACGACAGUGCAACCUCGAAAUUGCCAACGUUCCGGAAAGACGCGGCGAGAAUCUUAUCAAAAUCAUUGAAGAGCUCGGAACCGCAAUCAAGCUUACUAUCAAUGCUGGUGAUAUCGUGUCAGCGCAUCGUGUACCGCAUGCUGAUAACAAAAACCGUGCGGCGACUGGCAAGUUGGAGGGGGGCGGGGUACUAGUGGCCGUGCGGCGCGAGCUGGGUGCCGUGCGCUGCGCGCUGCCUGCGCCCGCGCCGACUGCUGUGGACUGCGUCACCGUCUGGUUGCCGGCUUCGUCUCGCGCCAAGCGACACAUUAUUAAUGCAGUGUUAUUCCACAGUAUCGGAGCUCGUACUGUAAACGAUUGCAGACGAAAUUUUGUAUUACUCCUAGGCACAUCUAGCAUCGAAGUGAUGCAAGAGCGCCUGGAGCGUAUGGGAGUGGGUAGGAGGUUGAUCCGGGAGCUAAGGUGCAAUAUCCUCCAGCACAGGAAGAAUCAUGUCCAGGCUGAGAUUGUCACUGCCGAUGGCUUUCGUGGAGAUAGACCUGACAUUCCUCUUUACGGUAUCCUCCGAAACUGGUUCAAAAGUGAAAGGGGGUAG